AUGAAGUCUGCUUUGUGUUUCCUCGUCCUGGCCGUAGCCUUGGCUGCUGGUGCCGAAGAAAAGAAGAACGAAAAGCGCGGUCUUGUUGGCCUCGGUUAUGGCUAUAGCGGCCAUGGACUGGGUCUGUACUCGCACAGUGCACCGCUCAUUAGCCACGGAUACGGACUCGGCCAUGGUUACGGGAUCGGCCAAGGUUACGGGAUCGGCCACGGAAUUGGGCUCGGCCACAGCAUUGCUCUAGGACACGGGAUUGGCCUCGACCACGGAUACGGCCUCGGUCAUGGAUACAGCGGUCUCGGUGGAUACGGUCACGGUUACGGAUUAGGACACAGCGUAGUGGCAUCAGCUCCGAUCGUGUCCCAUGGCUACUCUGCCCCCCUCCACUACGGAUCGUCUCUGCUCGGCCUCGGUCAUGGGGGAUGGCAUUGA